CAGCAGUGCCGAAUCCUUGGACCGACUGUACCCUACGGUGGGCUCCACCAAGCCGCCCCGAAAGCGGACCACGAGCCAGUGCAAGUCUGAGCCACCCCUGCUGCGGACCAGCAAGAGGACCAUCUACACAGCUGGCCGGCCACCAUGGUACAACGAGCAUGGCACGCAGUCCAAAGAGGCCUUCGUGAUAGGUCUGGGAGGAGGCAGUGCCUCUGGGAAGACCACGGUGGCCACCAUGAUCAUUGAGGCUCUUGAUGUCCCGUGGGUGGUUCUGCUGUCCAUGGACUCCUUCUACAAGGUGUUGACCAAGCAGCAGCAGGAGCAGGCAGCCAGCAAUGACUUCAACUUUGACCACCCCGACGCCUUUGACUUUGACCUCAUCAUCGCCACCCUGAAGAAGCUGAAGCAAGGCAAGAGCGUGAAGAUCCCCAUCUACGACUUCACCACCCACAGCCGGAAGAAGGAAUGGAAAACCCUCUAUGGCGCCAACGUGAUUAUCUUUGAAGGCAUCAUGGCAUUUGCAGACAAGGAGCUCCUGAAGCUCCUUGAUCUGAAGAUAUUUGUUGACACGGACUCGGACAUCCGCUUGGUGCGUCGCCUGCGCAGGGACAUCAGCGAGCGUGGCCGUGACAUCGAGGGUGUCAUCAAGCAGUACAACAAGUUUGUCAAGCCCGCCUUCGACCAGUACAUCCAGCCCACCAUGCGGCUGGCCGACAUCGUCGUCCCCCGAGGGAGUGGAAACACAGUGGCCAUCGACCUGAUCGUUCAGCACGUCCACAGCCAGCUGGAAGAGCGUGAACUCAGUGUCAG